CUAGAACGCAGCAGCUGAGAUAUCAUGUAGUUGGUUGUGUCUUGUAAUCUUUCUGAAUUUGUGAAGAACUAGAGGUGAUGGUAACUGCUUAUAUAGAGCGUGCUCUAAGGAGCUGUCUGGUAAGGAAGACUUGCAGUCUUUGUUGCAAGGUCUCACAAGCAUUGAAUUGUUCAGCUGCUCACAGUUUUAUUCAUUCCAUCCAUAUUUAAAGGAAAAAGCUGAUGUGUUUGAGAGUGAUAACAUGGUUUUCUCUGCAGCAGCAUCUGAUGUUGCACUGGGUGAUGGUUAUGACCGACAUGAUAAAACCUCACGAUCACAGGUUGUUACUCGCGAAGCUAUAAGAAAUGCAAGUAACUGUUGCUACUCCUCCCUGCUAUGCAUGUUUGCUCUUUCAUCUGUUACUGGUAUGAAAGUACGCUCAGUUUAUCCUGACACCCUGGGAGAGACAAGCAAAUAUGCGAAAUUUUUGAAUGGUCAGAUUCUUCCUCGAGUUGAGCAUUCUCUAUUUGAACAUGCUGAUGCUAAGCAAACACCAGAACUGGUGUUUCUUUGGUCAGCAUAUGGUGCAUCUUCUCUGCCAGCCCUGGAAACGUCUUUCAAAGUAAAUCAUUUUGGGCCUUUGAUACCCUUUUAUGUAAAAGAAUCCGUGGAGGAAAUAAUAAAAUCAAAGGCUCCAAAAAAGCAAGUCAUAAUCACUGAUGUUUUCACAAGUGGCUCCCAAAAUAGAUUGACUUCUUCAUCAAGUGCAAAUAUCAAUGAUGCAGAACAGUCUUGUCGUGUUAGCCUUCCUCGAACUUCAUGUUUAGGCACACUUAAACGCGAUCGUAUUUUGAUGGAAGCUCAAACUGAAUCGCAUAAGAAGAAAAGGCUUGAUGUCAGUGAAGUUGAUCCAUUAGAUAUUGGCAAUUUUGUUGGUCUGGCAAAUAUUGAUGAUGACACGAAGUUUAAUCUUUUACAACAUCAUUGGAAGCCUCCCCAUCUUUUGUUUUUCAUUUUCGUGAGUUUGGCUCUGUAAAAUCAAAGCGUCGUAAGUUUUCGCAACAGUGGCUCCAUCAAUGGAAAUGGCUGUGCUAUUCUAAACUCUAUGAUGGUGCAUUUUGUCUGCCAUGUUUACUGUUUGGAAAAGAGACUGGUCACAAUGGUAACAAACUGACCAAUUUUUUUAAAGAGCAGUUGACCAACUGGCAGAACGCGGGGAAAAGACUUGAAGAUCACGACAGAGCAUCUUCCGUUCACCGAGACUCUGUUCUGCGUGCAUCUUGUUUUGAGGAAGUAAUGCUUGGAAAGGCUGAUGGUAUAAAUGAGCAAGCUGAUAGUCUCCUCAGCAAAAGGAUUAAGUACAAUCGAUGUAUUCUGCGUGCUAUGGUUGAGACAGUUAUUUUAUGUGGCAGGCAAAAUCUAGCUUUAAGAGGUCAUCGUGAUGAUUCUAGCCAUUAUUCAUCAAGUAAUCCGGGAAAUUUUCAAGCCCUCCUUGAUUACAGAAUUUCUAGUGGAGACAAAGUACUGGCGGAACAUUUUAAACUGUCUAAGAAGACUGCAACCUAUCGUUCCAAGACCAUUCAAAACAAACUUGUCGCCAUUUGUGCGAAGCAAAUUUCUGACAAGAUUGUUUCUGCCAUUAACGACAGUAAUCUUCCCAUUUACUUAGUUCUGGCUGACGAAGCAGCAGAUUGUGGAAAUAUAAAGCAAAUGCCCAUUGUUCUACGCUAUGUCGAUCAGAACAAACAAGUUAACGAACGAUUCAUUUGCUUUGUUGACUGCAAAAAUGGGACGACUGGUCUUGUUUUAUCCCAAAAUAUCGAACAGACAUUAAACAACGUUGGUCUCCCUCUUAUAAAUUGUAGAGGUCAGGGAUACGAUGGAGCUAGUGCAAUGCCCAGUUUAAGAAAGGGCGUAUGUGGUCGUAUGUGGUCGAAGGCACUAUAUGUUCAUUGUUCCAGUCAUCGUCUAAACUUGGUUGUUGCCAAAGCUUGCUCACUUUCGCUAGUAAAAAACAUGUUGGGUCAAGCUCAAAAGAUAACGUCCUUCUUCAGCAGCUCUCCAAAACGUUCACAGUAUCUUAGCGAAAAAAUAAUGGAAUACGGCUUGAAAUUCAAAAAGUUGAAGCCGACAUCCACAACUCGUUGAUAAGAGAGAAUAAAAUCUCUUGAUGGUUUUCUGGAUGCAUAUGCUGUGAUUUACAAUGCAUUGGAUUACAUGCAGUUUGGUGGUAGCAACAAUGAGUUCAAAGAUGCAACCAGUGAGCACAAGCCCAUUUUCAGUUGAAUUUGUGUUUCUUAGGUCAUAAUUCAAAAUAUUUUAGAUUAUACGUUACCUUUGACUGUUCAGUUACAACAACGGAAAAUCGACAUCAAAUUGAUUAACCUUUUGAAAGAUGAACUUGUCAGGCUAUGUUCUUCUGCUGCCACUUACCACGACAUCUUUUAUGACACUGCUCUUGAGCUAGCUCGUGAAGUAAACCUCGUCAAUCCCAAGUCUAUACCUCGUAUAUGCAACAGGCAACGAACAGAGAAAACUUUAAAGUUACAACACUACGCGAUUAUUACAGAGUCAAACUCACUAUUCGAGUCAAAUUCCUGUUACUACAUGUGAAUGUGAGCGCGCAGUCUCGGCCUUAUGUCGAAUGAAAACGUGGUUGAGAAGCACUAUGUCAAGCGAAAGAUUGAACGGUCUGGCUAUUAUGCAUUUUAACAAUGACGUUAGCGUUGAUGUGGAAGAGAUUAUCGGCACAUUUGCCAGGCAAAACCAUACCAGGAUGCAGUUUGUUGAUAUUUUUGAAGAUAAGUGACCUUAAUUCACCUGAUUAACGUUUUCAAUAUUUUUAUAGUACGUCUGCACUCUACAAAUUCCUGCUGCUGUUGGAGUUGUAUUAUCAACAAAA